AUGGACAAAUAUAAGCUCCAAGAAGUAAAGAAAACCUUGGAAAGGAUCCCUGCCAUGACCAUAGACGAUUUAGUUGAUAAAGUCAGAGAGCUAGAUACGAAAAUCAGAGCUUGCUAUGAAGACUCAGCCGUUGAAUGGGAUGGAGAUACGCUUGCAUGGAUGAUGGCCAUGGAUGCAUGCUUUAUUCUCGAGUUCCUUCGACGGGAGAUGCUCAAUUCUAGCCUUGUCUUCCACACCGAGAGAGCUGAUAAUAUCAAAAGACGAGAGAUUAUAUUGGACAUUUUGAAGCUCUGCAGCAGGAUGGGGUUUCUUAGUCAAACAUUUGUAUGGCUGCAUGUUUUUUCAAGAGGGGCAAGAUCUUAUCCAACAAAUAAGAUACCUUCAGCAGAAAAAUUACAGAAAGCUGGAAAAAAAUUGCAGCCGAGCACUGAAGGAAAAUUCGAGUUUGAACGCAGAUGUUUUCGAAAUAGUAGACUUUUCCUCCCUCAAAUCAAUGUUGACGAUUACACAGAAAUUUUCUUGAGAAACCUGGUGGCUUUUGAAGAGUGUCAAAGGCAGAAUAACUCGCAAAUUAAACGACAAAUUUCUCUCUACAUGUGGAUAAUGGAUAACGUAAUUGACUCCAAAGAGGAUGUUGAGCUGUUUGAGAGAGCUGGUAUUAUCGAAAAUUGUCUGGGGACUAAUGAUUUAGUACCUCAAAUAUUCAAUGAUUUAUGCUUCGGAAUCACUACCGAGGAUGAUUUUCAGUCAGUUUUGGACAUGAUUAACGAACAUUACAACAGCCGACUGAACGUGUGGAUUACCGAGCUCAGGAGAAGGCAUUGCUCAAGACCAUGGUAUAUUAUCUCUUUGCUGGUCGCUGUCAUACUUUUAGUACUGACACUUUUGCAAACUAUCAAUAAGUGUUCAUGUUGUCCGUAUUAA